AAAGAGACACAGGCUGAAAAACAUUCGAUCAGAUUCACCUUCAGACCAAACUAACAGCUUCCUCUGAGUGAGUCCAGCUACAGGAGAGAAAAGAGGAAAACUACAACACUGCUGCUUCAACCUGCUGACUCUCCACACACUGAAGCUUCACUCAGACUAAAUGGCUUCCAGAUCAGAGGAGGAUCUCUGCUGUCCGGUCUGUCAGGAGGUCUUUAGAGAUCCUGUUGUUCUGUCAUGUAGCCACAGCUUCUGUAAAGACUGUCUGAAGAGAUGGUGGAGAGAGAAACCAACACCAGACUGUCCAGUUUGUAAGAGAAGAUCUUCAAAGGUAGAUCCACCUGUUAGUCUGGUGUUAAAGAACCUGUGUGAGUCCUUCUUACUGGAGAGAGAUCAGAGAUCUUCAGAGGAUCUCUGCAGUCUGCACUCUGAGAAACUCAAACUCUUCUGUCUGGACCAUCAGCAGCCAGUGUGUGUCGUCUGUCUACAUUCAGUAACACACAAAAACCACAGCUUCAGUCCCAUCGAUGAAGCUGCACAACAACACAAGAAGGAACUUCAGGAAACUCUGGAGUCCUUAAAGGAGAAGUUAAAGAGUUUAGAAGAAGUUAAAGUGGAGUUUGAUCAAACAGCAGAACACAUUAAGGUCCAGGCCCGACACACAGAGAGGCAGAUUAAGGAGCAGUUUAAGAAGCUUCACCAGUUUCUAGAAGAGGAAGAGGAGGCCAGGAUGGCUGCACUGAGGGAGGAAGAGGAGCAGAAGAGUCAGAUGAUGAAGGAGAAGAUGGAGCCUCUGAGCAGAGAGAUAGCAGCUCUUUCACACACAGUCAGAGCCACAGAGGACGAGCUGAGAGCUGAAGACGUCUCAUUCCUCAACAACUACAAGGCUGCAGUGGAAAGAGUCCAGCAGCGCCCCCUGCUGGAGGAUCACCAGCUGCUCUCAGGAGCUCUGAUAGACCAGGCCAAACACCUGGGCAACCUGACCUUCAACAUCUGGAACAAGAUGAAGGACAUGGUCUCCUACAGUCCUGUGGUUCUGGAUCCAAAUACUGCUCAUCCAGAACUGAUCCUGUCUGAAGAUCUGACCAGAGUGAGACAUGGAGAGAGACAGCAGCUUCCUGACAAUCCAGAGAGGUUUGAUUAUUAUGGCUCUGUCCUGGGCUCUGAGGGUUUUAACUCAGGGACUCACAGCUGGGAUGUCGAGGUUGGAGACAGUACAGUCUGGGGACUGGGUGUGUUAGCAGAGUCUGUCCAGAGGAAGGGAGACAUUCAGUCUGGAUUAUGGGGAAUAUGGCUGUAUAAAGGUAACUACUUUGAACUCUCACCAUCAUCUCCAGUCACUGUUCUCUCAGAGCAGAAGAAGCUCCAGAGGAUCAGAGUGAAUCUGGACUGGAACAGAGGAAAGUUGUCGUUCUCUGAUCCUGAUACUAACACACACAUACACACCUUCACACACACUUUCACUGAGAAGAUGUUUCCAUACAUUGACACUGUGGAUAAUCUCCCAGUGAAGAUCUCACCACUGAAGGUCUCUGUGACAGUGGAACAGAUCAGUCAGAGAUAAAGAGGAUGAUCAGAUUUAUAAUGUUAUUAUUUGUUAAAGGGGAAAAGUCAGAGAAUUUAAUCUCUUUAUUUGCACCUGUCCAAAUAAAAUACAUUAGAAAGUUUCCAGUAAGAUAAGUGUAUGUUAUAUAACAUUGUGAAUAUAGGGAUUUUGACACUGUGGAAAAACUCAGUUGAUGGAGAAAAAAAUAGCAGGAAGAAUCAGACAUUCAUCUACAGAGAAAUAAAGGCAGAACGUGAGUGAAGAGAUCUUCUUUAGUGAACUUUUAUCAAAGCUUCAUUUGCGCUGCUCAGACCCUAACCCUAUCAUCACUGACAACUGUUUCUUACUCAAUGAUGGUGUGAGGAAAGAGGUCUUUUUAGAUCAGUGUGUAAUCUUCGUUUUCACGAAAGAGACACAGACUGAAAAACAGAUGAUCAGAUUCACCUUCAGACCAAACUAACAGCUUCCUCUGGUGGCUGAGACUCCAGCUCUGCUCUCUGCUUCUUUCUGUCUUUUGAGGCAUUUCCUUUCUUCUUGAAAUACUGAAUCUCAGAGAAAUGACUUUUUCUAUAAGAUUAUUUCAGACCUUGACCAAAUAUCCAGUGGUUGAGCUGUGUAGCUGUAGCUCUGUUAGCCUGACUCUGCUCCACGUUUCCCUUUAGUGCCUUUAUCGUUGUUCAGGAAGAUUCUCAUCUUUCAUGUGAAAACUCUGGUCCUUACAUUUGUUUUUUCUUCACUCUGUCCUGUCGUGUUGCCUUUUGCACUUUGUAGCUGCAUAAAUGUUUCCCUGUGAGGAGGGAAAAUGGAAAUAAAUGACUAAAAAUUCAAGAUUUAUACUGUAACUUCAAACCAGAUGAUCAUUUCCCACACUGUUGCUCGUUUAUAACUGCCUUCACUCAAAUUAGCAACAAGUGAGUCACUGUACGUUAUUUUAUGUUAAAGUUAAUUGAAUCCAAAGUAUUUCAUUUUAACCUUUGGACACAUUUGGAUUCACUGACUGUCCCAAACAAAAUAUAUCCCCCGAUUAUUUAUCUGUUUGGUUUGAGAAGGAAAAUGUUCGUGUUUUAAAGGGUUUAAAUCCAAAAUGGCACAAAUCAACCGGAGAAACAUAAGUUGAUUAAUUAAAACAUUUGUGUUUGAGUUUGAGAGACUUUCACUCUCAAUGAUCACUUUGUGUCAGUCCUUUCAUUUUGGGAUUAAACUGCUCAUGUCUGUUGUUCAGCCGUGUCCUGAUCUGACUGAUGUGAACAGUAGAGGACCUUUUAUGCAGUUUCACUGUAUUUUGUUUUUAUAUAUCUGCAGAUUUUAUUCUUGGAUUUGAUCUGAUUCAGAAUGAGGUUCUGUUUCUGUCUGAUUGUUUGUGUGAAAUUAACUGCAAUAAAAAUGAUGAUAAAAUAAUGA